UAAAUUAACUCGCCUGAGUUAUCUUGCAAUUUAUUCCUUCACUUUGAAAUUAUAAAUCUUGUGGUUAAAUCAGAAUGUGGCUGGAGAUCAUCUGCGGACUGAUCAUUUACCAGUUGUACCGGCUAUUCUUCUAUGGCAGCAACAACGCUUUAGAUGUCGAAACCUCUGAUUUUAAUGCUAUUUUCUCCGUCGCCAACCGACUUGAAAAGCUUUGUGGUGGAAAAGCAUAUGUGGGGCUUAACAUUCCGGAUGCUGAUACUGGUACUCGGAAGAAUAUCGAUAUUGUGCUCGUUUCCAAAGGAGAAGCAGCGGUUAUUUCUGUCAAGAAUGUGUCAGGAUUUGUUACUAUAAGUGAGGAUGGUACUUGGACUUGUGAAGGUGGCCAUAGUCACAGGAAAGAGCGUCUUCCUGAUCCUGUUGUGGAGGUUAAAAAACGAGUUUCAGUCCUUGAGUCAUAUCUUGAACAAAGGGGAGUUGCUUUGCCCGAAGGAUUUUUUUCUUACAAAGUUAUAAUUCCCAAUCCGAACUUUCGUGAGAUUUAUAGAAAUUUUCCACAUGAGGUUAUCACUUAUGAUCAAUGGGUGCAAUUAGAACCUGAACCCAAAAGUAUGAUGUUCGGAUGGGUUAAAGGUGCUUUUCAUGGUGGGAAGAAGGCAAUGCAAGACUCUUUCCAUCAACAACUCAACUUUAUUCUCGGCACAGCACCUAUGUGGGAUAGGCUGGAGCUUAAAGGAAGCAAGUAUAUUCUUGGAGAAUUUCUGGAGUUUAAAGGGAAGGAGGAGGAUACCCAGGCUUUGAGACAUAUCAAGAGAUCGAAAGUUGGCCACAUUGCGAUCCAAAAGACUAGCAUGCUUGGAUUAGCCCAUUCAAAGCUCCAGGUUGUUUACUAUCCUCGAGAUUAUCGAAGUGAAGGAACUUCAACUUCGGAUUGGAGGGAAGUUGAAGUAAGAUCAAGUACUGAGGUCAUAUUCCACCCUUCAAAUUCUAACAAAGUCCGCAAAUACAAGCUUUCUUCAAUCAUAUCUAUGUCACUAAGUGCCUAAGGAUGUCACUAA